GUACCCGGAAGCUCGUGCGUCUGAGAGAUGCUGGUGCUGAGUGGGCUGCGCCCUCGGUCCAGCUCGCGGUAGCCUGCAGCCUAGGGCGGGGCUCUCUGCGCUGGCAGCUGGGAGGUCUCGGGCGGGCAGUUCCGGUGAGGGCAGCGGCCAUUGUCCGCUCGCAGCGACCCAGUGCAUCAAGCCCUCCGAGGCGUGUCACGGAGCUGCAAAAGAAGCCUGCUUUCUGGUGACCACUUUACUCCUGUUCUUGCUGCCUUCUCAGCACAUUGCCUUUCUGCCUGGACGAAGACCUUGUUGACUAUUGGGAAUUGCUAAGUCAUGUUCCAGGUGACAUUCAGUGAUGUGGCCAUUGACUUCUCUCGCGAAGAGUGGGGAUGGCUAGAUUCUACUCAGAGGGAUCUAUAUAAGGAUGUGAUGGUCCAGAAUUAUGAAAACCUGCUCUCCUUAGCAGGUCUUUCCAUACCUAAGCCUUCUGUGAUCACUUUGUUGGAGGACGGGAAAGAGCCUUGCAUGCUAAAGAAAAAACUGGCAGAAGAUUGGAAAUCAAGGUGGGAAAACAAGGAGUUAUCAACUAAGGAGAAUAUUUAUGAUGAAGACUCAUCCCAGACAGUAUUAAUAGAAAAAUCUGUAAAGCAAAGUCAUGAAUUUUCAAGUGUAAACAAUGAUUGGGAAUAUGUGGAAAAGUUGGUGGGGAAGCAUGAAAAUCUGGUAGAACAUUUUAGUCCAGUGACCCUCACUUUUAGAGAAAGUCCCACUGGAGAGAGUUUUUAUAAAUACAACACAUUUAGACGCAUCUUUCACUUCAAGUCUAUUCUUUCUGAACCUCAGAUAAUGUCUGCUGAAGGCAGAUCUCAUAAACAUGAUACAUUUAAGAGGACUGUACCCAACAAGUUAGUUAUAAGAAGCAUCAUUGGUGGUCAGAAAGCUUUGAAAUCUAGUGAGAGCGUUGCUGGUUUCAGCCAGAGCACAUCUCUUCCCCUUCACCAGACUCAUAAUAGAGAGAAAAUCUAUACGUGUGGGGAAUGUGGGAAAGCCUUUGGCAAGCAGUCAGUCCUGAAUCGCCACUGGAGAAUCCAUACUGGAGAAAAACCCUAUGAAUGUCAUAAAUGUGGGAAAGCCUUCAGCCAUGGCUCAUCCCUUACGCGGCAUCAGAUCAGCCAUAGUGGAGAGAAGCCUUACAAAUGUCUUGAGUGUGGGAAGGCUUUCAGUCAUGUCGCAUCCCUUACUAAUCAUCAAAGCACUCACACUGGAGAGAAGCCGUAUGAAUGUAUGAACUGUGGGAAAUCUUUUAGUCGUGUUUCCCAUCUCAUCGAACACCUGAGAAUUCAUACUCAAGAAAAACUCUAUGAGUGUCGAGUAUGUGGGAAGGCGUUUAUUCAUAGAUCUUCUCUCAUUCACCAUCAGAAAAUUCACACUGGAGAGAAGCCUUAUGAGUGUAGUGAAUGUGGAAAAGCCUUUUGCUGUAGCUCACAUCUUACUAGACAUCAAAGAAUUCACACUAUAGAGAAACAAUUUGAAUGCAGCAAAUGUCUGAAGGUCUUCAGUAGCCUCCCAUUCCUUCUUCAGCAUCAGAGUAUUCAUACUGAAGAAAAACCCUUUGAAUGUCAGAAAUGCAGGAAAUCCUUCAACCAGCUCGAAUCACUGAAUAUGCAUUUGAGAAAUCAUAUUAGAUUGAAACCUUAUGAAUGCAGUAUAUGUGGGAAACCCUUCAGCCAUAGGUCAUCCCUGCUUCAACAUCACAGAAUCCAUACUGGAGAGAAACCCUAUGAAUGUGUCAAAUGUGGGAAGGCCUUCAACUGUAGUUCCAACCUUACUGUACAUCAAAGAGUUCAUACUGGAGAAAAGCCAUAUAAAUGUAAUGAAUGUGGGAAAGCAUUUAGCAAAGGCUCAAAUCUUACAGCCCAUCAGAAAAGACAUAAUGCAGAGAAACCCAGUAGUGCAAUAGUGUGUAAAAAGUCUUCAGGCCAUAUAAAUCAUACAUGUGAAAAAGCAUGCCAGAGAGAAACUGUGGCAUAAAUGUAGUAUUUAUGAAAAUACACAUCAGCCAUAAAGCUACAUCAGAAAAUUUAUACUGUAGGAAAAUCUUUAGAAUAUACUGAAUAUUGGACCGUCUUUAGAAAUGGUUUAAGUGUUACUGUCCAUCAUAGUUCAUGCUCUAGAGAGAUAACGUAGAGGCAAUAAAUAAACCAGUAUUAAUCCCUUAAUUGACAUUUAGUAAAUCCACAUGGGAGAUAAACUGUAUGUGUAACAAGCAUGAAAAAGACAGUAAACAACAUGAAUCUCUCAUAAAACAUAUAGUUCACCAUAGAAACGCUGUAUGAAUAUAAAAGUUGUGGGAAGUUUUUCAGUUCCAGUGCAGCCCUCAUUCUGAAGAAUCCACACUGGAGGGAAAUAUAAGGAAUGUAGCAAAGUUCUUAAGUUUCUUGCCAGUGAGGAGAUGGUUAAUACUAGAACAACUGUGUAGGAAUUCUGUGUAAAUCUUUCUUUGCAAUGAUGACAUUUAUAAACAGUUCUAUAGAAGAGCAAAUAGCAUAUUAUAAAUCAAUAUUUUUUUUUCUUAGUAGCUGUUGGUAGCAGUUUUAUUCAGGAGUCCUACAUAGAAAUUACCGUUAGCUAAUGGGCAUGUCAAAAUACUUGGUCACCAUGGAUCCAGUAAAUGUUGCAAAAUGGAACGUUAAAGAAUACAAAAAUGGUGUGAAUGAAAUUUUUGGUCUAAUAAAGUCAUUUUGUAUAUAACGAACUUUCACUGUGACACGAUAUUUCCUACAAUUUUAUUUUACUACUUGUGAAGAAUUAGUAUCAGCCUUCCUGGAUAGCCUUGGAUGGGAGAUAACAAACUAGAGGAAAGUAGUGCAAUGACCUCAAUGCUAACAAUAUCUUUUGUUUGUGUGUGAGAAUAAUUAUCAGUUCAUGUCCAGUUGGCUUAAUUCACACAUAAUUUUUACCAAUGUUGUGAGAAUAUAACCAAGAAAUAACAUGAGAGGUCAUAGUUUAUUUAUUUUAAAUAAAUAAAGACUUAUUUAUUUUAUAUAUA